AUCGCCCCCCGAACGAGGAGGAAAAAGCGUCCUGGGGGGGAAGGGGGGGGGAAGGGAAAUCCUCAACCUUCAAGAUACCUGGAUUCUUCCGAUUAUGCUGGUCGUGUCUUGAUCGAGUAUUGAAUACGGAGUACAUGGUACUACAACUACUCUACAACUACUCUACUACUACUCUACUACCACUCUACUACUACUCUACUACUACCACUUUACUACCACUACUCUACCACUCUACCACUCUACGAGAUUGUACUAGAUCUUGGAGGUUAUACAUAUUCAAGCCUUUAUCAUUCGCCAAUGGAGUCUGGCUAAAUUCUCUCGCUCCGGCUCUCUCUCCGUCUCUCGUCUUUCUCUCCUUUAACUCAAUAUACCUCAAUACAUCCACUCCAUAUUCUCUCUCAAAUUCUCCCUAGCCACCAG